AUGUGGUCCUCCCUGGGCUGGCUCGGCCUUGCCAUCCUGUUCGCCCAUGCGCAAGCUCUAUACUUCUACAUCGACGGCCCCACGCAAAAGUGUUUCUUCGAGGAGCUGCCCAAGGACACGUUAGUAGUUGGCCACUUCAAAGCGACGCAAUGGAGCGAGCAAUCGCGAUCAUACCAGCCCAACCCUGAAAUGGGAAUCUUCAUAACCGUCGACGAAGUCUUCGACAACGACCACCGCGUCGUCUCCCAGCGCGGCCAAGCCUCCGGCAAGUUCACCUUCUCCGCCGCCGACUCCGGCGAGCACCGCCUCUGCUUCACGCCCACCAACGUGCCCGCGACCUCCGGCUUCCUCUUCAGCGGCUCGCAAGUCGGCGGCAUCAAAUUCGAGCUGGACAUGGCCAUUGGCGAGACGUCUCAGAUCGAGAGCUCCGACAAGGAUAAGAUCGGCGAGGUCGUGCAGAAGGUGAGGGAUUUGAAUGCGCGGUUGCAGGAUGUCAGGAGGGAGCAGGUGUUCCAACGGGAAAGAGAAGCGGAGUUCAGAGAUCAGAGUGAGGCGGUCAAUGCGAGGGUCGCGAGAUGGGCGUUGUUGCAAUGUCUCGUUCUGGGUUUGACUUGCGCCUGGCAGUUGACAUACCUGAGGGCGUUCUUCAUCAAGCAGAAGCUCACAUAA